GUCAAACUCGAACUCGUCGUCGACUCGCAGUGAAAAGAGAAAAAGCUCGCCCUUUCAUUACAGUUUCUGUGAGCAAAGUUUACCACCAUCGCGAUGUCGUCAGGAAAAAAAGGGAAGAAGACUUCCAAGAAGAGCACGAUCUCGCUCGGGGAGUUCUUGACCGAUGGAAACGCGGCGCUGGCCUCGCAGGUGCAGGUCGCCGUGCCGGUCAAGCCCCGCGACUGGGCUGACGAGUGCGACGAUGACGACGACGAUCGCCCGAUGCGCACGCAGAUGAUUGCGCUGCCGACGGCACCGCGCGCCACCCGGCUGUUGAACGACGACACCGUGCCGCAAAAUGGGCCCUUCCAGGCGUACAUGUCCAACCUGCCAUACGAUCUGAACGAAGAGGACGUGUACGUGUUUUUCGAUGGAAUGGAGAUUGUGUCGCUGCGGCUACCCCGCGACGAUAGCGAAUCCGGCCGGUUGAGAGGAUUCGGCUACGUGGAGUUUGGCAAACGUCAGGAUCUGAUCGACGCGCUGUCCAUUCCGGAACCGAUGCUGAACGGACGUCGCAUUCGGAUUGACUUCUCGAGCGAGGGUGACCGCAACCGGAACCAGCGCAACAACCGGUACAACAAUGACAACUACGGCGGAGAUUCGGACCGGCCGAUGGGCAACUGGCGCGACGCACCACGUAUUGAGCGUGACCAGGGACAACGCCGGCCGUACAACAGCUACAACCGAGACCGUGGAGAUCGCGAUGGCGGCGAACGCGGUGGUGACUCGGAACGGGGAAGCCGAUACGGAUCAUCGGAAGGUGGUGCCGGCGGCAACUGGCGACUCGGAGAUCGUCCUGCACAAGCGGCGCCCUCGUCACCACCGUCCAGCCGGCGAGGCUUCGACCGUGGAGGUGCGGAGCGCGUUGGAGAUCGCGGAGGUUUCCGUCGGGGACCUGACCGUUCGGGCGAACGUGGAGGUCGUCGCGAGAUGGAACCCCCCAUGGAACGCCCCAAGCUGGUCCUCCAGCCACGCACGCUGCCCCUGCCAGAGAAACCCAAGCCCGAGUCGGAGCCGGAAGGUUCCGAGCGGGACGUUAGCCCGGACCCCAAGUCCCAGGAAGACAAAGAAAACGAAGAACAGGCCGAGCCCCGCCCCAAGCCAACCCCCGUACCCGCAGCAAAACUGUUUGGCGACGCCAAGCCCGUAGACACCGCAGCCAAACUGCGCGAAAUCGAGGAGCGUCUGCAGGAGAAGGAACGGCAACGUAAGGCCGCGGCCGCAGAGGCUGCCGCCGCCGCUGCUGCCAGCGCUGCCGAAGAGGACGAAGGCAAGGAAAAGUCCGACCCCAGCAAGGACGAGGCCGGCGAUGAACAUUCCGAGGGAACGACCACAGCCAAGAAGGAGGAAGUCAUCUCAAACUGGCGGGUGCGCAGCGAACCCAGCGACCAGAAGGACCGCGCACAGUCGCCCUCGCGGAGGUACACCAAGCGAAACGAUGAUUACUCCAACUUCUCAGACAACCGCGAUCGUGACAACCGAGAUCGCCGGGACAAUCGUAACAUGAGAGACAACAGACGUGACUUUAACCGACCAAACGAUCGCGGUGACCGUGGUGGCGAUCGUGGCGGCUUCCGGGCCGGAGACCGCGAUCAGCGUGACCGCCGGCCAGAUGGGCCCCGGGCGGACGAUCGCGAGCACGCGGCAAAGCCGAGCGAGGCGAAACCGAUCGAGGAGCGUAUGCCAAAAUUCCAGGAACCGACUGGACCGAAUCUAUCGAUGCAGAACACAUUUGAGGGACUGUCUGCGGACGAGGUUGAUGAUUAAACAAGGACGCGGGCGUUUCGAACUCAUCAAGCAGCAGCAGCAGCAGCAAGAAGCAACAAGUUAUUAUAAAAGAAAAAGAAAACAAACACAACGGGAAGAGCUCUCAGCGCACGAAAUUUUCAAAGGGACACGGCGUGAACCCAUUCUUAACGAGAACGUUACGCCGGAGGCGACUACUAACCAAUCAAAUUCCAACCAACAAGCGACGACGAAAUAUUUAUCGGAAGUGAACACUAAGCGCCCAAGUUCAGUUCUCUCCUGGUUAGAGUGUUGGUGCGGUGUGUGAAAUACAGACAUAAAAGUGUGAGGUUAACGGUGGAGUUGUGGUGAACGUGGCAGGGCCGGGCCGCCUACCGGGGGGCCGUGGCGGACGGACACGGACACACGCACACACACACACACAUACGAUGACGAUACGGUGGCUGCCCUCGCCGGGACGGAGCCGAGCACGCGGGCGGUGAAGGUCGGGCCGGUCUUCACCGCCCGGAGCAAAUCUUCGAUCUGCGCGAAUUUAACAACAGUUUAAAAAAAAACUAAGGUAAGAGGGAGAGCGACUGAGCCGAGAUACUAACCUGUAACCUUUAGGAGAUAACUAGGCGCGACUUAGGGAGAAAAGUCUGUAGGAUAUUCUAAUCGAUGUGUAUUGAUUGUGUACUAAUGUGUAAUGUGGGACUUUGUGGCCGUGCGAAGGACUCCACGAUGAUGACGGAAUGAAUGCGGUGAAUGUAGGACACUUUUUUAAGGUAAAUUAUAAACAAAAUGGAGUUUGAUUCUUGGCGCCGGAGAACCGGCGCAAGAGGGAGAGCGUAGAAGAGGGAGAAAGGGAAAGAGUGAUGACGACGUUUUAGAUGGCAUUCACUUUUUGAUAAGACAAUUUUACACGGACACACACACACACACAAAUUAAUGAAUUGCAAGCAAAGAGAGAUAAGAAAUCCAGCUUGAUAGCAAAACAAUACUCGAUUAUUAAGAGGAAACUUGAAACUGACCCUAACACUUAUAUUGCAAAAAUUACGAGAAAAAUCCCUUUGAAAGCGUGGCGUGCAGGCGUCCUGACGUGUGACAAUUAUACACACAUAAAUUAAACUAUGAAUGUUUCAGUUUUUCGACGUUGAUUUACUUCAGUGUGUUCGUUUCGGUGUAAGCUAGACUAUACUACAAACGGAAAAUUAACUAACUAGAAUCGUGUGCGACUAGAAGAGAGUGGGCGUCAGUAUCUUUUAAAACCAUAUGACGCGAAACAGAAACCCUAAAAUGAUUCCAAAUGUGCUGACUAAGUUACGUUUUCACCCCUCCUUUUUGGUAUUGUUUUUUUUCUACUAUUGUUUGUUUAGAAUUGUUUUCCUCUGUAGCGAGAUUUAUAUAUAUUUGCCGUAAUUGUAUGAUUUUUCUUCAACCUAGUUGAUUUGCUCCAAACAUUGCUGCGAAACGUUGAUGAAUUAAGAGUAAGAAAGCAGAAAUCCACAAGGCUUAGUUAUUAUUAUAAUUUUUACAAUUGCUGGAGCUCACAUCUUGCAAAUAUUACAUUUAUACACAUGCAACAUAAAUAAAAACAAACGCCAAGUUUCUUUAUAUACACAUUUAUUUCAUAGAUAAUCAAACAAGUGGCAAGUGAAAUAAAGCAAACAAAAAUAGUUAAUUUAACCCCCUCAUUGUCUCGUCGCUGAGACUGGCGGAAGCCCGGCGACAACAAGUAAUAUCUCCCGCGCUUCAUUUACGGUACGGUACCACGGUAUAUAGGACAAUUUUUCUUUUCCUGGAAAGGGUGCGCGCGGUGCAGCAGAAUGGAAUUUAUGUAAUGAAUCAAUCCUACUAUUCGCGUGUAUUCAUACUAUAUACUAUAAAUAGGAUAAACGAUGUGCAACCGGCAUCGGCAGCAACAACAACAACCACAACAGAAAAGCAAGACAGAAAUAUAAACUAAUUAAAAGGCUAACGGAGAA